GCCAAAAAUGUGGCCGAACACCACAUGUCCGAUUUCUCCGCCAUGAUGCGGAUGAACAUGGAGGACACCGUUGCCUCCACCAUGGUUUCCGUACAUUCCGAAAUUGGCUUCACGUUCGACGCAAAGGCGGCCGUCAACGAGCGACAGACCACCCUGGCAGCGCCAGGCGCACAGGUAUCCGACCCCAUCGACCGCGCCAAGCUCGCCGAGUGGAACAGGACCAUCGACCCCUCCUUGUUCGCGUUCUCCUGUGAGGCCCGUGCUGCCCCUGGAGAAUUACAGGCAGCCCUGGCCGAAUGGUUCCAGGCCGCCAGUGCCGCAGCCGACAACGUCAAACUCAUCGGCGACGUCCAGCUGAAGCGGUUCGACUUGCACCGCCCCUGCGGUUCCGCACGCCUCGCACGUGCUAGUGCUCUUCGGGCCGGUCUGAAAG